AGGUGCGCGGCGGCGCUUCGCGGAGUCAGGAAGUGUGUCCCCAGCGGCGACCCGUGCCGCGCUCCCGCGAGACGCUCACCUGCGAGCCAGGUGAGUGCAGAGGGGGGCGGGGGAAGGGCUGACGGGAGGCGGCUCACCUGGCGGGGCAGGUGCCUGGCUGCAGCAAGCCAUGCUCUGAGCCAUGCCCAGACCGGGACAGCCUCGCCCAUCGUCUGGGCCUCCUCGCUUGGGUCCCUGGGAGAGGCCAACAGAGCUAUGCCUGGAAACCAAUGAUGAGCGCUCCCAGCCCCCACCAGGCCGCCGCACCCGCAGGGCGGACCCCAAGGACCCUGGCCACCACGGGCCAGAGAGUAUCACCUUCAUUUCAGGCUCUGCAGAACCGGCCACUGAGCCCCCAACCUGCUGCCUCCUCUGGCGCCCCUGGGGGUGGGACUGGUGCAGGGCUGCCUUCUGCUUCCGCCGCUGCAGGGAUUGCCUGCAGCGCUGUGGGGCUUGUGUGCGGGGCUGCAGCCCCUGCUUAUCUGCUGCGGAUCCCACGGAGGGGUCUGCCGAAGUCACUUGGGUCAAGGAGAAUGGCGUGCCACCCAGCCCGGACUGUGCACCUCCCAGCCGCCGGGAUGGCCAGCGGCUCAAGUCCAGCAUGGGCAGCAGCUUCAGCUACCCUGACGUUAAGCUCAAGGGCAUUCCGGUCUACCCCUACCGCCAUGCCACCUCCCCGGUCCCUGAUGCGGACUCCUGCUGCAAGGAGCCCCUGCCUGAGCCUCUUCCCACACGGCACAGCCUGCCAAGCACCCUCCCCAGCAGCCCCCGCGGCUCCGAGGAGUAUUACUCCUUCCACGAGUCGGACCUGGACCUGCCCGAGAUGGGCAGUGGCUCCAUGUCGAGCCGGGAGAUCGACGUGCUUAUUUUCAAGAAGCUGACAGAGCUGUUCAGUGUACACCAGAUUGACGAGCUGGCCAAGUGCACGUCGGACACUGUGUUCCUGGAGAAGACCAGCAAGAUCUCAGACCUGAUCAGCAGCAUCACGCAGGAUUACCACCUGGACGAGCAAGAUGCCGAGGGCCGCCUGGUGCGCGGCAUCAUCCGUAUCAGUACCCGCAAAAGCCGCUCCCGCCCACAGACCUCGGAGGGGCGCUCAGCCCGCUCGACUGCCCCUGCCGCUGCCCCCGACAGUGGCCAUGAGACCAUGGUGGGCUCUGGCCUCAGCCAGGAUGAACUGACAGUGCAGAUCUCCCAGGAGACAACAGCAGAUGCCAUCGCCAGGAAGCUGAGGCCAUAUGGAACCCCAGGGUACCCAGCCAGCCAAGACUCGUCCUUCCAGGGCACGGACACAGACUCUUCAGGGGCACCCCUGCUGCAGGUCUACUGCUAACCCCCAGUGGCCCGGCACUCACGGCCCCUCUUGGAAGAAGGGUAGCCAGCGGAGUGGAAGAACCAGGACCCCUUUGUGUGGAGGCCAGACCCUGAGCCUAGCAGUGACCUCUGGCUUCUGCUUCUGCUGAAUGAUUUAGACCAUGUACAUUUCACAGGGCCAUGGUGCCCCUUGUCCUCUGCCUCUUCAGCUGAACUGACUGCUGCCUGGGCCUGUUUCUUCCUGUGGCCUGAAAGCACAGCCUUGGGAAGUAGCUUCCCAGUUCCAUUCCCAUGUCACCCCCAAGCAAUUAUGGAAACUAUGUAGGUAGUAGCAUGGCCUCUAUAUGUGAUUCUCUGGGCAGCGCCCACUUGUUACGUUGCUGAGCAGUUUGGAUCGGAUCUUGGAUGUUCUGUAUUGUUAACAUGACCAUUGUUGCAAGUAUAUAUACACCUGCCUGUCGUCAGAGUUACAUGGUCUUCCUGUUCAGCAUUGUGGAGUAGGACAAGGUGGAGCCAGGCAGACUGUGGCUUCCCUUCCAAAAGAUAAAGAACCACCUAUGGUGACUUUGUCUGGACUGCCAGUCCCCCAGUCUUAAGUACCUAUCACUUGUCAGUGACCCCUCACCUCUCCCUGGUGCUGAGACAGCACUCUGGUUCUCACCUUCUCUUGCUCUCUUGCUAGCACCUGGCACCAAACCUGGGGCCUGAGCUCACAGAGGCAAAAGCAGACUCCCCUUUUAUGGGCACCUCGGCUAGCUCCAUCCAGGGCCUUAGCUGCUCUUACAGGGGCUGGAUCUUGGUAGACCACAGCUACUUGAGAGGGUGAGGCAGAAGGUUCCCAGUACAGGGCCCACUGGGUUAGUGGGCUUGAAGUUAGCCAGGGCAGUUCUUCAACCCAUUACCACAAACAAAGAAGGCCCAGCUUACGUUUCAGCUAGCCCAGUGACCACAGGCUAGCCCAGUGACCACAGGCUAGCAAAGGGGGCUAUUCUUUCUCAGCUUCUUCCUUUAUAGACCUUGUUUAUUGUAUGUUCAGGCACCCUUUGAAAAGGGGUUAACUAUCAUUUAUCUGGUUUCCUAAGGGACAGAUGGCCCCCUGGGGCUGUGACCACAGGACCAGGUGGAGCUAUAGCAAUCCAACUGGCCCUUGGGAGCUGUUGUUAUCCAGAUCUAGGCAUGAAAAGAAUGACCAGGUAGGGGUGUGGCUUGGUGUUGCCUUGCAUGUGUGGGGUCCUGGCUUUGACCCUUGCACUGUAAGG